AUGGGCAGGGGAGCGCUUGAAGCGCCCCGCAAGAAGGUGGGGCACGACCUCGGUGACGUGCUGGGGGGCGACAUCCUUGAGGCGCGCCAGCUGGUGGUCUCGGGGUGCAGCGAGCGCCGUCGAGCGAGUCGCGGCGCGGAAGCGGCCCCGAAGGGCAAGGGCAGCGAUAAUGGAAGAGGCAAGUCACGGAGCGCGUGCGGCCUUGAUCCAGAUGAGCGUCUUCGUCCAGCGGGUCAGCUGACUGCGGUUGGCACCGGCCAGUGCAUGGAGAAGGUGCGUUGCCGGCUCUGCGACGCGCUGCUCGUGGACCGAGACGCGUUCUGGUGGUCGCAGGAUAAAGGGAUCCGCGCGGAGUUGAAGGAUAUCCGCUUCGAGAGGCAGAAGUGGGAGCUCUGGGGCCGGGACACGCUGACGUUCGCCCUCCGCAGCAGCGACAUCGUUGGCACGGGCCUGCGGCUGCGGCUGCGCGCGAGGACGGAGGUACGACUCGGCCCGCUGCUCGUCGAGGGCGGCGUCUCGGACAUCGGGGAGGUGGCCGUGGACUUGCGCCACCGCGCGCUGCCCGCGUGUGUCGACGGCCGGCGCGGCGCGGACGGCGGCGUCACUUGGAGCAGCCCCGUGAUCGUGGCGCCGCUGGCCCACGUGCGAGGGGGCACCUGCGGCGCGAGCGCGCCCGCGGGGCAGCCCGUGGCUCACGUCGCCCUCCGCUUCAGCGUCAACGAGGACCCCGAGGAGGUGCUGGCCGCUGCCGAGGCCUCUACGCGCUCCGCAGUGCAGCGGCUCGACCAGGGCUGCAUGCUGGCGCGUCAGGAGUGCCAGGGCUGCGUGCGCCGGCGGUGCGCGGGGGGCCUCUGGCGUGCCUGCGCGCGCUGCGGCAGCGGUGGCGCAAAGGCGGAACCCUUGGACGUGGGCGCUGCGGUGGCACGGGCGGAAGGCAGGGCCUGGAUCGCCCGCGCUAGCCUUGAUGCCCCGCUGCCUGCACCGGACGCCCGCCCAGAGGGCUGGGUCUGCCACACCGAGCCGAGCGGCCGGACCUACUGGCACCACGAGGCGCUUGGCCCGGCGCCUUGGGACCCCGGCGGCCAAGGCGCCGCGCCCAAGAGCGACGCCUCGGGUUCCUCGCCCGGGAGCGGCGCCCCCAGCCCGCUGCCGUGCCCCGAGGAGGCGCCGGACGGCUGGCUCUCGCAUCAUGGGGCCUGCGGCCGCACCUUCUGGCACCACAGCGCGCUCGGGCCCGCCCCCUGGCUGAAGCAGGACGGCGGUGCUGGGGCCUUCGGGCCGGAGCCGCAGGCGCGCGAGCCUGAGCUGCCCCCGCCGCGCCCAGGCUGCGCGAGGUUGUGACGAGGAAGGGUAGCCUGCCGCACCCCCGCGGGGCUCGCGCGCGCGCUGCGCGGGGCCGCGCCUCUUCGGCGGCGACCCACCGCCGCGGCUCCCGCCACCCGUCUCCGCAGGAGGGGAGCAAGGGAG